GCGAGGUGGGACGACGACGAGCCAGAGCCAUCGACGUCUACAACGAGGAUGGAAAGUCGGCAAACAAAAUACGUAGCCCGGCCCUCUUCGAGGUGGUCGUGGGUGCGCUAUUGAGUACUCAAGUACGAAAGUAGAUCCAUCUUUUACAACUUCUUUACCGCGACGAACGGGUGCCACUGAAGCUUGAUGGUGCCACUUUACCACGAACGGGUGCCCAUAGUGUACGAUUGAAAAAGAAAAAUCUAAAUCAUGAUUAUGCCUAAUAUGUUCAUGGACGUAGGUCCUUAUAAUUUCAGCGUAAGGACAUAACAACUCACGGAGCGUUUAUUGAGACUUAGGUGUGGAGUUCAUCGCUCAUCAAAAGUACGUAUUGUAAAAUUUCUCAGUAGUAAAAAGAACGACGUCAUCACCAGGGCGCGGCGAGGGAGCAAAACGAAUCGCCAACGGUGCUCGCGUACGUGAAGAUGGUGAAUGAAGAUUUCUAUAUCAAAGUCAAAUCAUCUCCCCGGCCGCCCUACCGCACGUCGUGUAAGGAAAAGACGCUGACGAGACUUGUUGGUCUUGCUGCAGCAUGGUUUGCAACUUGCAGACCUCGACGUUCUAUCUCUAUUAUGAGUAGAAGCACACGAUGUCGAUGAGUCACGCAAUCAACAUUCGUUCGGAGCAGGGGGGACUCUUUUACUUCUUGCAGACGCAAACGCAUGAAUCUACCUGCAAGUGCAUAUAAUACGCAUAGAUGCAAUUCUUUAUUUGUAGUUAAACCCAGUAGUGCAUGCGGGUGCGCACACACACAAGGGAGCCACCGGGAAGCAACUUAUUAGACAAAAAGAAACCGCCAGCCGGGUGGAGGAGGAGCUGCAGAAAACGCUAACAGAAGACGAGUUGCGGGCGAUGGAAGCGCCAGGGAGAUCAGCAGCAGCAGCUUGGGACCAGUUCGAGGAGGUGAUGAAGCCUCUGAUGAAGGAACUGGAAGACGAGUGGAAGAAGAACAAACCCGAGCAACGGCGGAAACCUUGGAUAACGGACCGAACGUGGAAGACAAUAGCGAAGCGAAGGAAACUAAAAACCGGCGGGGACAGGACGAGGCAGGCGGACGCGAGGCUACGCAGGAAGAUAAAACACGAAAUAAAAGAGGACAAGGCAGCAUGGCUGCGGGAAAAGAUAGAAGACCUGCGCAAGGCUGACAGCAGCGGCAAUGCGCGGGCCGUAUACGAAACGGUCCGCCAGUUAGCCGGAAAGGCGAGGGCAAAGGGGCAGCAACACCUGCCCGGGGGGGAGCGGCCACACGUCGAAUUCUGGGCAAGCAUUUUAGGGACGAAGAGACCAGAAGCAGACCAGCGCCUGAAAGGCGCGACGGCGUGGAAGGUGUGCGAGGAGAUGUUGCAGCAGCCGCCCCGGCCCACGUGGGAGACAACUCACGCAGGCAGUCCGGAAGAUAGCGAAAUCGAUAAGGCGGUCAAGGAGCUGAAAAAAGGGAAGAGCCACGCGAGCGACUUCCCGGCCGAAUUCUUCGCCCAAUCGGACACCGCAAGAAGGGUGCUCCGGUUGGUGGUGAAGAAGAUCUUCGAGGGGCAACAGAUGCCAGAAAAAUGGCUGGAGGCAGCAAUAGCGUUGCUGCACAAAAAUGGACCGCGGGCAGAGCCGGCGAACUACCGGCCGGCCGCCCUCCUCCAUGUUGGCGAGAAGUUAGUGGGCUUGAUAAUUUUGAACAGAAUCCGGGAAAGCGCAUACCGGGCCAUCGAUAAAAGACAAAAAGGAUCGGUGAGGGGCCUCAGCUGCCGGCACGCCGUGUUCCGGCUGCUGAGGGACAUGGAGCACGCGAUCAAAAAUGGGGAGGAGCGGGUUUAUGACUUCAUCGAUUUCCAAAAAGCAUACGACAGUUUAGACUGGGAGAAGAUGGCGGCAGUACUCCGGUGGCAGGGGUUUCCGGCCGACCUGGUGGAGCUUGUGCGGAGAAUGUACGGCUCCGCCACCUAUGCGCUGAAGAUAGCACCGGGGAAGCUUAGCGGUGUAACAGAACAGAAAUCCGGCAUCCGGCAGGGCUCAAGCCUGAGCCCGCUGAUUUUUGUGCUCGUUUUAGACUUCGCAACGCAGGCCUUCGAGCUUGCAAUGCAGCGCGAAGGGCUCUGGGCACGGAGCAAGGUCGACGUCAGCUACUUGUCGUGGCUAGGAUUCGUCGACGACCUAGUGGUGCGAAGCGACACACCAGCAGAAGCGCAGGCCACACUACUGCAGCUGCAGGCAGCUUGCAGGUUCGUCGGGCUCGAGCUGAAUGCAAAGAAGACGGAGGCCAUGACCAUAGGGCUCCAACCAAGCAAAAAAGACAACCGAGACGCAAAAAAAGAACGCUUCGUAACUGAGGAGGGAACGGAGUACGAGCGUGGGGGUUGGGCGGUGGAGUGGGAUGGUGUUGACUUGGUGGAAGAGUACGCAGCCGCAGCAAGAAGCAAGAAAUCCAUCGCCCCGGCGAUGGAAAAGACGACCCAUCUACUAGUGUGGGAUGACGGGAAGUUUGGUUUGUGCUGGUUGAAAAAGACCAGCUGGGCAGUGUUGGAUGACGGGGAGCGGCUCAGGCUUUCGCGAGUGGGCAAGGUCCGAUUCGUGGAUGAGGAGCGGAACAUCCACAAAUGCCCCCGUUGCGGAGAUGUGUUGCCGGACGCGCGCGCACUUAAGUGGCACAGGGCCACGGGUUUUUGCCGACCGGGCAUGAGCACGCAGGAGCAGAAGGUGCUCCGGGUAGGGAGAUACCUAGAAGAAAAAGCGAAGGCGCAGCGCGCGGCCGUAGUAGUACCCGCCGGGCUAAGAACGUACGACGGCAAAGAAGUGGCAACAGUAGGCGCUUUCAAGUACCUCGGUACGCAGAUAGCGAACAACGGCAGCACCAGCAAGGAAGUAGAGCGGCGGACAGGGAUCGCCAAGGCCACAGUGGGGCAACUCAGCAAAAUUUGGAAGGACCGGGACACACCGCAAGGGCUUAAGGCAGAGCUUUGCAACAGCCUCUGCAGCUCGGUCGCGUUGUACAACAGCGAGUGCUGGGCCAUGAGGGAACACGACUGGAAGCUGCUGCGGCGCUUCCAACUGCAAACUCUGAAAACCGCAACAGGAGAACGGCGCAGGUGGCAAAAGGAGCACGACGCAGAGGACGAGACAGACGCCGAAAACGAAGAAACAGAGGCAGAGGAGUACGCGAGCCGGCUCGCACUUUGCCGGAAGAUGGGGGUCCUCGACGUCGAAACAGCGCUAACAGAAAAAAGAAUAGCUUGGGUAGGACACGCUGCGAGGGACAAGACCGAAGCUUCAGCUGCGUGGAUCGCAAACGAGGUCAAAAUCAAAUCCGAGUGGGGGAAAAUGUUGUUGCAAGACCUGGAGGGCUACAGCAUCGAUUUUGAAACUCUUAUAAGCGCCCCCCCCGACGCCGUCACGCUGAAGGAAACCCUGAAACAGAAUAGGAAGGUAGCCACGGAGAGAGCAGACCGGCAGAGGAAAGUAAAAACAGUAACGCCAAAAAUGGAAGCAAGGAACGCGGAACAGAGAGAGAGAAUCCAGCAGCAGCGGGUAGAGGAAGAGGAAAAAAGGCAGGAAAUGACAUCGAAGAUCAGCGGCAAGCGCUGGCGCAGAGUGCCCGGCGCACGGGAUGGCGCGUGGCAAUUAGAAUGUGACCCAGAGGCGCUGUUCGAGGCGUGCGGCGACGACUUCUGUGAAAACAGUGGAAGAGAAGUGAAGUACGUCGCAGGGGUGGCUUUCUAUCGCAACCAGGAUCAAACCUGGACUGCAGAAUGACACCGAAAUGUCGAAAGCACGAUGUUCGUGUGCACGUCCAAGAAGAAAUGAAAGAGAACAGAAUAGCGGAAACUUUCACAGGACAAGCACUAACAUGAUGAUGAUGAUGACCAGUAGUGCAGCUUCAAGACCCUUAUCACGGUCGGCAGGAGUAUCGCUCCUCUUAUAUUUUUCGACCCAGCGUCACUAUAUUAAGAACAGCUCCAGAACAAGGAAAGUCUAACUGUAACUACAAG